AGCAGGAGCUAUGGCCCUGUGAUACCCAUGGCUGUGAGCCUCAGACAGGGUCACAAGGCGGAAAAGAGCAUCAGCAAGCGUCUCGGGCACCUCACGAGGCACACCAAGUUCUUGUUGGACAUGAUCUGGGAGGUAUGUGGCUGCGUGCCAGUGGAGCUGCUCAAGGUGUCUAAGAGCAGCUCAGAGCUCAAGUUAGUCAAGAAGAGUGUGGGCAUGCACAUGUGUGCCAAGAGGAAGCGGCAAGAGCUGAGCAACAUGCUGGUGGCCAUGAGGAAGGUGGCAGCAAAGAAGGACUGA